AUGUACGGGAUAAUUCUAAUAUGUCUUAUUAUAUUUAUUUCAGCCAGGACAGACAGAAGACAUAGAAGAGAAGAAAUCGAAACAGUAAGAUCAAAUUACGAAAACUUAAGAUCAGAUUACGAAGCUUUAAAAGAAGAAAAUGAAACAUUAAAAUCACAAUUGUCGGAUUACAAUAUAAUCGCUGAGAAAGACGUUAAAAUCGCUGAACAAAAAGAUACGAUUACGAAAAUUGAAAAUGGACGACAAAUUUUUAGUUAUUUUAACGAUGGUGGUGAGAAUAUACUCACAAAUGGCAACGACAAUAAUCAAGAUCACCAGCACCAGCAAUAG